UAUUUUUAUCGGCGGUCACACUGUUGUCUAGACCAGACCGGCUCGUUUUAUGCAUUAUUGAAUUAUAUUAUAUAAGUAUGAUGCGGAGUGUUAUCCACCAGUUAUUGGGUCUAAGGCUCAGCGGUGGCUGCGGUGUUACUCUUACGCAGGUGCGUGAUAAAGGCCAUUUGAGCAGACCCCGACUCCGGAAUCCCCAAUGGUUUUUGCGCAAAGAAGUCACAAGAUACGAUGAUCAUUUGACAACAGAGAACAAACAGUUUGUCAAUGAACUGGGUGGUGUAAACUUCGGCGUUCCAGCAAUCAAAAAAGAUGUCCAGGAGAAUUUGAUCAAGACCAAAGAUGCAGCCACGAACGAGGUAACGUGGACCCCGGGCUUAAGGCGGUGCGGCCUGAUAGCGCGCAAAAUUGGCCAGUACCCCCUCUGGCUUAAGAAUGGCGAAAGGAUACGGACCACUCUGCUGCAGAUCGCGGACAACCAUGUCAUUAAAUACAUUCCUCCGGAAGAGUAUUUACCUGCGCAACCACCCAAAGUCCACAAUUUAAAGAAGCGCGGUUGCAUUCUGGUAGGCUCGGAGAGCACAAAUCCCGCUCUGCUGACCAAAGAGUACACUGGAAUAUUUCGAGAUUCGGGUGUUGGCCCAAAAAAAAACCUGGCCAGAUUUAUAGUUUCUCCAGAGGCUGAACUCGUCCCCGGAACUCCCUUAAAUGUAAAUCACUUCGGCGUUGGUGACUUUGUCGAUGUUCGCGGCAAAACAGUUGACCAUGGUUUCCAAGGUGUUGUGAAGCGUCACGGCUUCAAAGGAAUGCCUGCAUCUCAUGGUGUUACCAAGACACAUCGUCGUGCCGGCAAUAUCGGCGGAGGUGGCGAAAAGGGUCGCGUCUGGCCUGGAACAAAGAUGCCGGGACAUAUGGGUAAUCGGUGGCGUAUUAUCAAAGGCCUUCGUGUGUGGCGUAUCAACACAAAGUAUAACGUGAUGUGGGUGCAAGGAAGUUCAGUGCCCGGCCCCACCGGAGGUCUGGUGUACAUAUACGACACUAUAUUGCCACUGCGAAAAAAUAAAGAAGCUCCGCCAUUCCCAACGUUUUUCGGGGAGCUGCAGCAAACUUCCGAUGAUGUAUGGUAUGAAAAGGUGCACGACUUCAAGAAUGGGUCUAUAACAUAUGAAAACGAAUAACUUUAGUACUUAAGGUAUUAUAGAAAUCUUGUCUGUUGUUUUGAAAAUAAAAGAAAUCUAAUUUUUAUAUUAUAA